CAGCUAUCAGCUGGGCCAUUAAUGUUUACAUUUUCUGUUUUACGAAUAAAACAACUAAAUUGCUAAAUUAUCUAUUUGAGUCAUUAUCUAUCUUUUUAAAAAAGACCACAACAAACGUAUUUUCAACCGCUGCUGCUAUGGAAACAGACGAUUUAGAUCAUUUUGGUGAAUGAAAUUCCCUUGAAGGUGAUUCAUUCAGUGAUGUUCACUUAAGAAGACCAUCUAAAACACGUUAUCGACCAUCACCCAAACGUUUGCUGCCACCAUUAAAACCUAUAGAUUUUGAGAAAUAUGUGCAUGAAAAUUGUCAAAAUAAAAUAAAAAUAUUAAAACGCUCAUCAAUCCAGGAGAUCACAAAACCUAUGGUAAUAUUUUUAAUCAUUUCCGGGAAAAAUGUGCCUAUCACACGAAAUGUUUGGAUAAACUGUUUGCCUUGUCGCUAAAAUAUGGUGAACGCAUAGAAUUUCUAGCCGGUGAUAGGCUGGACAUAGAAGUAAUGCAUCCCAAAUGGCAUUCAAUUGAUUUUUUUCUUCUUCCUGCAGUAUAGGCAGUCCGGAAAAGGUUUCUCCACAAUUUAUGCCAUAGAUGCCGAAAAACGAGUAUAUGAACAUGAAAGUGCUGAGAAAAGUUGGAAAGUCUAACAAAUCUAUGUGAAGAACUUUAAAAGGUAAUCUCUUCAUAUCCCAAUCGCUGCCGGAAGGGAAUACUCUAGUUUGGUUAAAUUAUGUGUUUAUGAUAACUACAAGGAAUUGGGUUACCAAUAAUACUAAGCAUGUUUUACUUGUUGUCAAUUUGGAGGAUUAUACGGAGUUGGAUUUGAACCCUACGAACCCAAUUAUGAAACUAUAGCUGAACAAUUACAGCCACAUAAUAUGUGUAGUGGUUUAUAUAAAUGCUGCCAAGAAUUAUAUACCUUUUGAAUUAGGAAUCUCUAGUUUAUCCCAGUUUAGUGCUCAUACCCGCUGAUGAUAAAACCAAGUUUAUAGAUCCUUUAAUGGGUUUCUUAUACACAGGAAAACAUAAUCAAUGGUAUAAUGUCGUACCUGAAGGAUCCGCAAUUAUUUCUGCAGCAAAACCACCUAGAAUUAAGUAAGACCCGUUAUCAACCCUUAAUAUACCAGAGGAUUUCACACUCGAUUUCUUAACUGCCACAGUAUUUAAAGGAAAAUUGUCAACACUAUUUAAAGUAUUUGAGCGUGAAGCCUUCCUUAGAAGUAAUCGUUGUGUUAUUAUUGCCUUUAUGGAUUUUCAAAAUGAAACAUGUUUGCCUCAUCAUUUAAAAUGGAUAGAUCGAAUCUAUCAAGUUGCUCGACAACUAACCAGUCCUAGAGAAUAUUUUAUAGCCGAUUUUAAGGAUAUAGAUGUUAUAAAUCCCUCUUGGAAACCUCAAGAUUUCAUCAAAAAACUUACAAUUAUGCGAUAUAAGCAACACCCAAAGUAUUUGGCAUAGAUCUUAAUAAAAUAAAUUGUUUUAAAGGGAUUUUCAAAACUGCGGCCUCACUCUUUAUUUUGCCUAUAGUUUUAACCAAUGGAGAACUAUAUAUAUCCGAACCUUGGCCACAUAAAAACGAUGGCAAUUUGGUUAAAACUUGUAUAGCGGACAGUUUAAAUUUAUCUAUUAUUCCAUUAAAAAAGAUCUUCUAUUGGCCAUAUAUUAUUCGGGUUUGGAUUAUACCGACAUUUUACAAGUAUUAGAGGUUAUAGCCCAUGAAAUGGAAAAGUAUUCGGUGAAAAUUUUAAAAAUUGAUUCCUCGUUAAAUUGUAUACCUUUGGAAUUGGAUAAUACUUUAUAUCCGAUUUUAUAUUUUAUACCACAUAAGGAUAAAAAUAAACGUAUAACCGUUUGCAAGUGAUAAUUUUAAUAAACAAGAUAUGUAGAUUUUAUAAUUAAGAAUGUUGAAGAAAAUAAUAAAGUUUAAAAGAAAAGCUUAAUCUUAUUUAAACAGAUAAUCAACCAAAAUUUUCUACAAAUAUAAAAAUUUUUCCAUAAAAAUACAUAAUUUCUUUUAUAAAUGUUAAGUGUUUUUUGAAAAGAAUUAAAUUUAUAAACUGAGUAUUUUUUUCUGUGCCACAACAAGUAACCACCUUAAUUACAACACUAAAAUAACCCUUUAACACUACAUAUGAGUUUUAGAGCUUCAAACCAUCAUCGAAACAAACAAAAAAUGCAAAAUAUUACCAUCGAUAACAGAAUUGUAUUUUUUAAAUCAUUCCAAAUUAAUAAAAGAACUUUUACCGGCAAACACACGGACUCCAAACUAAAAUCGUAUGCCUUAAAACCACAACUUUUCCACUUUCAUCCAAAACAAAACAAUGUUACUUUGGAAACUUCCCCAAGUGCAAAACAAAUCAAAAAACUUAAUCGCAAAAGAAAAGCGGAAACGGAAACUGAAAAUACACUGCAAGAAACCUACGGUUGCAGGCCAUUUCUCAAGGAAAUACAACAAAACUUCUUAAAUUCAACAGACAACCUUGAGGAACUGCCACGUUUAUGGGAACAGACGCAAGAAUUUCCCCAAUUUCGUGGUGCUAAUGCAACAAAUGAAUUUCAAACAACCAAAUUCUGUCAGCAAAACUAUAUUAUACCGCCCAAAACGAAAUUCUUUAACUACAACAUUGAGGAACUACACAAAUUACUGCCUGAACUGGAAUGUUAUGAUAUAUUGAUAAUGGAUAUGCCCUGGCUAAAUAAAUACAUCAAACGUUUAAAAAAGGUGAAACAAUCUUUAGCCUAUCAAAUGCUAGACAAUGAAACCCUUAAGAAAAUGCCCAUUGCCCAGCUAAUACACAUCAACUCCUUGGUAUUAUGGUGCACCAAUUCACCUCAACAUCGUCAAGCUUUAGAACAAGACUUCCUACCCAGUUGGAAUUUACAGUUGAUUCAUACAGUAAAAUGGUUUAAGCUUAAUACCCUAGGCGAGCUAAUAAGUCCUCUUAAAGCAGAGGGCUUCAAACAACCCUAUGAAUUGUUGUAUAUAACUUGUCAUAAGGGAAAGGAAUGUAUUGGAUUUACGGAUAUUCGAAAAGUAGAUUUCCUUAUAAGUAUACCCAGUAUUAUACAUUCUCAUAAGCCACCUUUGGUGGAAUGGCUAAAGAAAUUUCUACCUAAUGGGAAAAAUUUUAAGGGUCUGGAAAUUUUUGCCCGUUAUUUACAGCCUCAAUUCACCUCAAUUGGUUUGGAGGUGCUUAAGUUGAUGGAUCAACGUUUGUAUAAGGAACUGAAGAUUGCGAAUAACUUUUAAGGAGGAUAGUUUAUGUGUGAUUAAAACGGGAUUUAUUUUAAGAAAUAUAU